AUGCUGAGGAAAGGUCUCCAGAACGCCCUUCUGGUCCGGCUCGCCCGGCCCCUCAACGGCGGGCGCAUGAGCAAGAACAAGGUGAACAAGAUAUUCCAGGUGCUGAUCCGGUCGUGCUUCGUGCUUCACUCCCGGGGGGGGCACGCGGACGACGUCGAGCACGACGGGGGGUUUCCCUGCCAGCGCGGGCCAGCGGCGGCUGGGGGCGACGGCUACCAUCAAGUUCACGGCGGUGGAAGCGGCAGCCUCACCGAGAACAACUCCCUGGGUAGCGGCGGCGGCAGCCACCAGCGACAGACCCUCGGGCGGCCCGCCUGGCGUCCCUCGACGCAAGAAGAGGUGGUGGUGGGGGCGGUCACCGCCGCCGCUGCUGCCGUCGGGAACGGCAGCAGCGGGGCCGGCGGCAACAACAACAACAACGACGGGAGCGGCUCCCGGUACGGUGGUUCAGGCGCCGCUAGCCCUGGCGCCACUGGCGGCGGUCACAGCGGUGGGGAGACCGCUGCCGGUCCCUCCCAGCAGCCGUUCUCGCUGGACACGGAGAUGGACUGGACCGCGACCGGCGAGCUGGUGCCGCGGCGACACCUGGUGAGGGUCGGGGGCGGAGCAGCGGAGCUAAUGGACAAGACGCUGACCCCUUCCCCUAGCGUAGCCGCGGCCGCAGCUGAGUGGGAAGGUUGCUACGCCUGGGCGAGAUCCAAGGCGGCAGCGGUUACCCCCGACGAGAAGCGUGCCUGCGCCGGUAGCGGCGACUCGGACCUCAGCCUCACCCCCGAGGAGGUGAGGGUGUUCAGCAGGACCGGCAUCCUCCCGUGCGCUGCUUCGUCUCCCCCGGUGCGGCCCUCUUUCCGCGCGGCGGUAAGGACGGCGGCGGCGGCGGCAGCGGCGGCGGCGGCUGCUGGCGGCGGCGGCGGCGGAGGGGGUGGCGCGGCCUACAACUUUCCGUCGCCGAGUGCUGACAGGGACAUCCUUCGGAGGCUGAGCCUGUCCCCCGCAAGCGCGAAGAGGGACCUCCGCAGAAGCGUUUCCAGCGAAGACCUAUUGGCCGGACUCCGGAUACGGGAUGGCCCCGACUUUCCCUUCGGACCCGAGGGGGGGGAGGCGAUGAUGGCGGACGACUCGCAGGGAGGCAGGAGCGCCCCGGGGGGCCACAUGGGCAUCGGCCUCAUGUUCGAUGAUACCCCCCGAGAUGGCAUGACGCGGGCGAGCACCGCCGCCCCUAGCUCCGCCCGAGGUGCUACCGCGUGCGAGGGCAGCAGCAGCAUCGGUAGCGGGGGCCAAGGCCACCCGACUAGCGACGGCGGCGGCGGGAGGGGGUUGGGGGUUGGGGUGGGGGAGUUCGAGCAAGAGGAGGACGAGUCGUCGGCGGGUGCGGUGUGCGAGCUGCGCGAGGACGUGGGUUCGGUGGAGGAGGUGAUUUUGACCCACAACGCUUUCAUCCGGAAGGUCGCCACGGAGGCUGGGAUACGGUGA